CCAGUAUCUCCAGAUGCUGUUCCCAAGGAUCUAGGCUGUUUGCUAUUUAAAACUGCAAAGAGCAAUGGAGAGUUUAGGCAAAGACCACCCUUACUCGGACUCUUCUCUGCCACCUCCUGCAGCCCGCAAGGAGUACUCGGUGCCAGAUGUGAUCAUCACCCACCGCCUGAGAGACCGGGAGCUUCUGCGGAAGAGAAAAGCAGAAGCCCAGGAGAAAGACUCCAUUCAGUGGGAUCUGAGGGAGCAAGAGAAGAACAAACGACAGAGGAGAGGCAGAGGAGCCAGGAGAGGACGAGGCCGCCAGCUGGUGGUGGAGCCCAGCCUGGAGCCAGAAGCGGAGCCAGAACCCCAGCCUGACCCUCAGAAGGAGGCUGAGGCAGCGCCCUCCGAGCCGGCACCACCCGAGCCAGUGGCUCAAGAGCAGCUGCCCAUGCUGACCAUCCACGACCUGGUCACUGGGAUGCAACCAGGAGUGGCGGAGGAGAAGCUGGCAGUCAGGAGCCAGGAUCCUGUGGGUGAAGAGGAGCUGCUGAAACCAGCAGAAGCAGAAAUACCAGAAGUUCUGAACACUCCUCUGGAAUAUGACCACCAGGAUAAUGAAUUCCACAAGCACAUUCUAUUCUAA